AUUUCUCUCCCCUCCUCUCCCUCGCUUUCGCUCUUCCCUCCAAAACCGCUCCUUUGUCCUCCUCGGUUUCCACCCUCCAAACCCCCACCUCUCCGCGGGACCGGACGGCGGGCAUCCGAUGGCCAUCAUGCCCUCACCACCUCGGAUCCGCCAGACCAGCACCGGCGGCGAUGGCGACGACGACCUCCUGCCGCCGACGGAGCAUUACUCCUUGGAGGCCCCCACCACCUGGUACGAGUCCCUCUCCUCCCUGGCGGCCCCCGCCAAGGAGCCUUAUUCUUCUUCUUCCGCCUCCCAUGACCGUCCCGUCCGCGUCUAUGCCGAUGGGAUCUACGAUCUCUUCCACUUCGGCCACGCUCGCGCCCUGGAGCAGGCCAAGAAAUUGUUCCCUAAUACCUAUUUACUAGUUGGGUGCUGCAGUGAUGAAAUUACUUAUACAUACAAAGGAAAAACUGUCAUGACAGAAGCUGAGCGUUACGAGUCCCUACGCCACUGCAAGUGGGUUGAUGAAGUUAUUCCUGAUGCUCCAUGGGUCAUCACCCAAGAGUUCAUUGACAAGCACAACAUAGACUAUGUGGCUCAUGACUCCCUACCAUAUGCUGAUGCUAGUGGAGCUGGUAAAGAUGUCUAUGAGUUUGUCAAAGCAAUUGGAAAAUUUAAAGAAACAAAGCGUACAGAUGGCAUUUCAACAUCAGAUAUAAUCAUGAGGAUUGUUAAAGACUACAAUGAAUAUGUGAUGCGAAAUUUAGCUCGUGGAUACACAAGGAAGGACCUCGGUGUGAGCUAUGUGAAGGAGAAGCAAUUGAGAGUGAACAUGGGAAUAACAAAAUUGCGUGAGAAAGUGAAGGAACAUCAGGAAAAGGCUUCCAUAUGGUUAAUAAGGCUUCUCCCCCAGCUGCAAUAUGAGGAUUAUUUCAAAAGGUGGGAGUUCAUGACCAUUCUUAUGAAACUUCAUCAUGCAGUUGCAUACGGUGGCAAAGACAGCAGGGAUGCAUCACAGCGAGUGGGUGGAAAAUGCAGACCGCUGGGUUGCUGGCUUUCUUGAGAAGUUUGAGGAAGGGUGUCACAUGAUGGAAACUGCAAUUAAGGACCGGAUUCAUGAGGGAUUGAAGAGGCAGUCAAGCAAAUAAUGGACUAGCCUUCUGGAGGAAUCGGUAGGCUCAAGAGGUUCUCUAUGAAAUUAAUCCUUACCCACAGGAAAAGUUAGAGAACUGAGAUAUGGGUAGCAUGGUGGCUAUUUUUUUUUCUUGUUUUCUUUUUCUACACUGUUCCAUCCCCCUGUAAUAUCAGCUUGUCAGGUGGGAUCAACAUCCAUCAAAUAAUGGAGCAGCUGUUGCUGCUGUUGUUGCAAAUUCCAUCCUUUGCUUUGGUGUGCUACCACUGCUAAAGCAGUUGGAAAGGAGGCUAAUCUCACAUGGUCAUGCAAGCAGAAAAUAAUGCAUUGUUAAUCAUAUUUAUUUUCUUUUAUUCUUGGUUUGUGUUAUGACCACUUCUUUUUUUUUUUUUUCUGUGUGCCUGUUCAGUGUGAUGCUUUCCGUGGAUCCAUACUUUUAUUUGUUCCAUACUUCUAUUGGUUCUAUCAGCAACAAGCUUGGAAUAUUAGCAAAAUUCUGUGGAAGGUUGAUGUCAAAUUGACAUUUUCUGGAGCCCUGGAGACUUUCUGUGGUCAGAUGCUGACCCCAUUUUUGUGGGAAAAGACUAGAAAACAAGCCCUGGACACCCAUUCAGGGCUUCAGUAGUCCAAACUUUCCAUGGAAUUAUGAAUCAAUGUAUGAUCACAUAUUCUAUAAAAAAUAUGCAGGGUUCUGGACAAUUUAUUCCUUUAGAAAACAA